CAAUCGUAGAAUCACAGUCACGAAACGGCCAUCGCCACAGGGACAUUUCUGUCAUGCGGCUGUCACCACCGAACAGCGGCAGGUAUCCCCCCGCUAAAAAGGGAAACGUGAGAUGGGCCUCAGGCAACGCAAAAUGCAUCACCAGAAAAAUGGCCGCUUCCAGCUUAACGACGUCGUUUCCAACUAUUAUAAUCUUACUUUUACUUUCCACGUGCCUAAUAGGCAGCUGCAGCGCUCAAAGCGGGGUAAGAUCGGCCGGGGUGGAGCCGGCUUCUUCUCCCACCAUUGCAGCAGCAGAUUCCUCUCUGGCAGAGGUCCUGAAAAACUAUGACAGAAACAUACGUCCUAACUUCGGAGGUCCGCCUGUGCGGGUUGGUCUCACCAUGAGCAUAGCCAGCAUUGACAGCAUUUCCGAGGUCAACCUGGACUACACCAUCACCGUUCUCCUGAGACAGUUCUGGAAAGACCCGAGACUAGCUCAACCCUGGCUGGCAAACAAAACUCGGCCCAUGAGCCUAGACGGGCGGCUGGCAGAGGACCUGUGGGUUCCCGACACGUUUCUGACCAAUGCAAAGGAAGCCUUCAUGCACACGGUCACAACAGACAACGUGCUAAUCAGACUGUACCCUGACGGGUCCGUUAUCUACGGAAUGAGGAUCACGGCUGUCGCGCAUUGUUACAUGAACCUGCGGAAAUAUCCGUUGGACGAACAGAACUGUACACUGGAGUUCGAGAGUUACGGGUACACCACGGAGGACCUGCAGCUCUACUGGAUGCGGGGAGACGAGUCCAUCUCCGGGCUGCAGUCCGUGAACGAGGACAUGCAGACCUUCCAGGUGGGGGCCUACCUCACGGCGGAGAGGGUCGCGCACUAUGAGACAGGUGACUACCCUCGCCUAAUCUUCAGCUUCAAUCUGAUUCGCCUGAUCCCUUUCUUUUUGCUGCAAACCUACUUCCCCGCCGCUCUGAUCGUCAUGAUGUCGUGGGUCGGGUUCUGGAUCAGUCCCUACUCUGAGCCGGCUAGGGUGUCGCUUGGUAUCACUACGGUGUUGACCAUGACGACCUUCAUCACCAGCGCGCGAGCCUCCGUGCCCAGGAUCUCCUACGUCAAGGCCAUCGACGUCUACCUCAUCAUCUGCUUCCUCUUCUCCUUCGGCGCGCUGAUCGAGUACGCUAUCGUCAACUACACCACGCUCGUCAGGCAGAAGAAGGAGACCAAGAGGAUCCCGUUAACACCGUUGGUUGUUACAGACAUCCAACCAUCGCCGGUGACACCGACAGGAAACGACAUGCAGAUGGUAGAAGUGGGCAAUGACGUGAGAGACGCGCCUUUGGCGACCGUGUCGGAGGCAGAUAUGGACUAUGAGAACCCGUCUGACGCCGCCAGCACACCAUCAGACGACAGCGGCAUGGGCAGACAACCGUUUGGAAACAUCCGGUACAGAGUAAGAGACAGAGUGAGAGACACUGUCAAGGCGAGGACCACCCAGGCAGGACACAGAGUCAGGCAGACAACCAGCCGGGUCAGACGGAGAGUUGGCAAAAUUUUAGAUGAUGAAUGCAUAAUAGACAGGAGGUCGAGAUAUCUGUUCCCGAUAGCGUUCACAUUGGUCAACCUUGUGUAUUGGUUCACGUACAUAUAUGUAGACAUGAAAGAUGACAAGAUAGAACGUGACUUUUAGCAGCUGAGCGUGAAUCUUAAGGUUUGUCAACAGACCUGGGGAGAAGAAUCCGCCAUUAUUUCAAAUAUCAUUGUGAGCUACGUUUGUAGUGGUAUUUAGUCUUGAUCAGUUGGUUUGGCACUUGUAUUUGAAAGCUAAUUGACCACUUAUUCCAAAGAGUGACUUUUAGCAGAUUGAAAUCUUGCAUUGGAUAAUUUUGAUUUACAAUGAAAACAUUACGUAAUACGUUCAAUUGCAGUGAAAUUAUAUCAUUUUAUCGCUUGCUGCGUAACUCUAUUGUACUACUCUAAUGCUGAUGAUUACGAUAAACACUGGCAUUUGAUGAAAAGUGUCGUUGUUAAGUACAAUCAAUGUUUGCAAAUUACAUAAGAGUUUGACAACAAGAGCCAUAAACACUAGUUAUGGGUGGCGGAGAUGCAAAUUAAAAAAAUUAAGCUGGUAAAACAAGGAAUGUAAUUUUUUGCAAGUUGUCCUUACUGGUGAUAUCUUAAAAUAGAUAUGUGUGUGCCAACAUAUAUAAAGACAUUGUAUAAAUUAUUGCGUCCUAUUUUCAAAUAAAAUCUGAACAUGAAAUUA